UUGAAAAAAAGAGCUUUUUCAGUCGCCGUUUCUGAUUUCCCGAAAAUCACGUGACUUCCUUUUCGUUCCUGGCAGUGUUGUUCGAUGUCCACGAUGUCUACUCCGGCUCUGAAUGUCCACCGUGGGAUAGUAAAACAGGUGCUAUCUGGAGAUGCCUUGGUGAUCAGAGGUCAACCCAAAGGAGGUCCACCACCAGAGAGGACUCUCUGCCUAUCCAACGUCCAAGCCCCCAAACUAGCAAGGAGAGCUAACCCAGCUAGUGCUCCUGGAGGAUCAACAGAGGCUACACUGGAUGAGCCCUUUGCCUGGGAAGCUCGGGAGUACUUGAGGAAGAAAGUAAUUGGCAAAGAAGUCUGUUUCACUGUAGAAUACAAGCCACCGGGAACGGUCAGGGAAUAUGGAUUUGUUUAUCUUGGCAAAGAUACCAGUGCUGAGAAUGUGACCGAGUCGCUGAUUGCAGAGGGGUUCGUUGAAGUGAGAAGGCAAGGGCUCAAUGCUACAGAUGAACGUCAGAACCGCCUCAUUCAGCUCGAAGAUGCCGCCAAAGCGGCCCAGAAAGGAAAGUGGACCGAUGAGAAAGAGAAGGAACAACACAGGAGAACGAUCACGUGGAUGUUGGAUAAUCCACGCAACUUUGUGGAUUACCAUAAACUAAAGCCAGUUGAUGCCGUUAUCGAACAUGUGCGCGACGGUUGCACAGUCCGAGCAUUUGUCUUGGGGCAAAGAACAUUUGAGUAUGUCACAGUCAUGCUCUCUGGGAUCAAGUGUCCAAUGUACAAGCUUGUCGGGACAGAACAAGUACCGGAACCAUUCGCAGAGGAAGCUAAAUACUUCACAGAGAGUCGCCUCCUCCAGAGAGACGUCCAGAUCAGAUUUGAGGGGGUAUCCAACCAGAAUGUUCUUGGUACAAUUAUUCAUCCAAAUGGGAAUAUUGCGGAGCUGUUGCUAAAAGAGGGAUUGGGAUACUGCGUUAAUUGGAGUAUGGGCGUCGUAUCAGAAGGGGCUAGUGCACUCAGAGCUGCUGAGAAAUCCGCCAAAGACAAUAAGAAGAGAUAUUGGAAAGAUUUCGUACCCAAUGAGGUCGUCGAGAUCAAAGACAAGAACUUCACGGCAAAGGUUGUUGAAGUUGGCAACGGUGAUUCAAUGACUGUCAAGACAGCAGACGGCGCGUAUAAGAAGAUCUUCUUGGCUAGUGUAAGACCACCAAGGAUGCCGCAGGACGCAGCAAGUGAUACCAAGAAAAUCAGGCCGCUUUAUGAUAUUCCAUACAUGUUUGAGGCUCGGGAGUUCCUCAGGAAAAGGCUCAUUGGAAAAAAGGUAAACGUACAAGUUGACUACAUUCAGAAGGCAAACCAGGGAUUCCCAGAAAAGACAUGCUGCACAGUAACCAUUGGCGGAAUUAAUGUUGCAGAAGCUCUGAUUGGAAAAGGCUUAGCCAAUGUUAUAAAGUACAGCAUCAAUGACGACCAGCGGUCUGCCUUCUAUGAUGAGUUAUUGGCCGCGGAGAACCACGCGUCUAAGAACAUGCUGAAGUUACACAGCAAGAAGGAUGCACCGAUCCACAGGGUGGCUGACAUCGCAGGGGAUGUUCCCAAAGCCAAGCAGUUCCUUCCUUUCCUACAAAGAGCUGGCAAAUCACAAGCGACCGUCGAAUACAUCGCGAGCGGUUCACGCUUGCGGCUGUAUCUACCAAGAGAGACGUGUCUUAUUACUUUCCUGCUCUCAGGCAUUGACUGCCCACGCGGCUCUCGGCCCGGCCCGGCAGGAACCAGUAUUCCAGCAGAGCCUUACGGUGAUCAGGCGACCAUGUUCACAAAAGAGAUGUGCAUGCAGCGCGAGGUUGAAGUGGAAGUAGAGGCUAUUGACCGAGGUGGUAACUUCAUUGGAUGGAUGACAGUCGAUGAUUCGAACAUGUCCGUCAAUCUUGUUGAGGAAGGCUUAGCAAAGGUUCAUUUCACCGCAGAGAAAAGUUCACACUACAGAGCGCUAAGCACGGCACAGGAAAAAGCGAAAAAUGUCAGAAAAAAUGUUUGGGAAAACUUCGAAGAACCAAAAGAAGUUGAAGUAAAAGAAGAAGUCACCGAGCGAAAAGUCAAUCAAAAGAGCAUAGUAGUAACCGAAGUUAAAAAUGACGGUCACUUCUAUGGACAGUAUGUUGACAGUGGACCACAGUUGGAGAAACUGAUGACUGAUUUGCGCGUGGACUUUGAAACUACACCACCACUUCCCGGGGCCUACCAGGCGAAGCGAGGCGAUGUUUGCGCAUCGAAAUUCACAGAUGGACAGUGGUAUCGUGCCAAAGUGGAAAAAGUAUCUGGCAGCCAAGUUUACGUCUUUUAUAUGGAUUAUGGAAAUAGAGAGAUCACAGACAAUACCAAGCUGGCAGCUCUGCCGACUGCGUUUGUAGGCCUUGCACCACAGGCCCAUGAAUUCUUUAUGGCGUGUAUCAAUCUGCCUUCGGAGGAGGAAGCCAAAUUAGACGCAGUCUACGCCAUUGAGGGUGAACUCCUAGACAAGCAAUUCUUAGUGAAUGUGGAAUACAAAACUGGGAGUGUUGAAUACGUCACGCUGUCACAUUCAGACACGAAGGAUGACAUCGGCGAGAAGAUGGUCAGUGAAGGCCUCAUUUUGGUUGAGAAUCGGCGGGAGAAACGUCUGGCGAAAGUUGUGGCGGAUUAUAAAGCGGCACAAGACAAGGCAAAGAGUCAAAGGUUAAACCUCUGGCGCUACGGCGACUUCACUGAUGACGAUGCCAAGGAAUUCGGUUUUGCCAAAUGAGAGUGAGGCUCGGCAGGCAAACGAAACCAGCAACGCAAACACAAGUUGAAUAUAGGAAAAAUUAAUAAACAAAAAUAAAUGCGACGCAAACACAAGUGGAGGCUAGGAUUUUCAAAUUUUAAAAGAAUUUGCAACUAUUUUUCUUUUAAGAUAAAAUAUAUUAUCUAUCUAAUAGUAUAUACAUUAUUGCAUAUUCACGACACGUGUCUUAUUGUCAGCGCAACUUUGCUUCAUACAGACUGCCCGUUAAUGACAUUAACAUAAUUAAUUCUAAAAAUCACAUUAAUCUGAUUAAAUUAUGAUAAUCUGUUAUCCCGAAUUAGGUGUUUUUGUUUCCUAUCAUUAUGAUAGAAAUCUGCUUGUUAUGUUAAUAAUGUUAUAAAUUGUAAACCGCCCAAUUUUCAUGGGCUUUUAGUUUUGCCAUUGUCACGAUAUCUUCAAUUUGCAACAAAUAAAAAUUGUGGAGUGCUAGUUUAUUGGGGUACAAUAAGUCUCCUAAUGUCUCAAAUUGAAGAAAAAACUUGAGAAAUUUUCCAGAAUUGCAAAAGUUAUAAACCGUGAAAGUUCACCAGUUCUAUUUUUGUGUUAUUCUGCCAAUGGUGCAUCUAAUCUGGUUGCAGUUCAUUUAGCCAGGCCUAUUGUAUUGGUGUUGAUUUUACUUGGUUUUUUUCAGCAGGUUGCUUACAACAGUUACCAGGAAUAAGUUUGUUGUCAAACAGUGCAAACCAAGGAGGAUACCGCGGUGACGUCAUAUCACGUGAUCACGACCCAUAUUACUGAUCGUUAUGGCCAAUCAGAUUCAGUCUACUGACACCACCAGCACUGAACAUAUCUCCACGUCUCACAGUCUGGUGCGCUCCUGUACACAAAAACACCAAUAGACAUGAAAUAUUGCAAUACCUAGUAUGUAUUCUUCCUGUGUAAAAUAUAAUUUACAUAGCAGAUUAACUUCCACGAAUAAAAAAGACGUUUGGCGUGGCCAAAGUGCGGAAUUAAUGUCUCCGCUAAAAUACACUACGAAAUACACGAGGCAAUGCACUACGCGAUACAUGGUAAAGAUGCAGUUGAGUUUGUUAUUGUUUUGACUUAGAAGCCCGCCCAUAUCAUAAUAUAUUCAUGUAUUCAUGAAGUAUGAACUCAUUUCUGUCCCAUACAACUCUAAGAACAGUCAAUUUCUCCUUAAAUCAUCGCCGAAACCGCGAUAUCCGCAGGAAGAUUUCGUUCCAGUGUCCGAAAAUGCAUGAUCUUACAGGGGCGCUAACUCGACAAAUAGAGGGGAUCUGGGGGUUUUAGGUCAUACAGGUCUCGAACUUGUAAAAUCUGUAAACAUGCCUCCAAAUCCCAUUAUGAUAAUGAAGAGAUUGCCCCAUAUCUGGGAGACUGUUUUGAAACCAUUGCUAAUUUUGGAAGAUCGGUACCCGGCUAUUUGGUUUUAAAAACCCUAUUUUUCCCCAUCAAAACAGCACUUUUCAUUAUUCAAAUGAUAACUUAUUGUCUGAAGACUUAUUUCAUAGCAGAAAAGUACUAAUAACUCUGAUUUGAUGCGAAAAAUCUAACUUUAUUUGAUGACUUGAUUUUACCUUGGCCGUGGAUCGAGUUUGUUUACAAUAUGGAGCGCCAUCUUGGAAAAGCCGUGACGUCACCGCGGUAUCCUCCUUGAGUGCAAACUAACAUUGCUACUCCUCUUGUCAAACAGAUUUGAGAAUUUGUUGUUUUGCGAUAUGUUCAGUGCUAAGAUAAAAAGUUAUUGACUCGAUGGGUUGCCAACGAUUUGAAGUCAAAGGUCUUGCAGGUAUUUUGGUAGGCAGUAUUUUUAGCCAUGUUGGCUGUUGGUGAGAAAGGGUAAGAAAGCCAUUCUGAAAUGUGACAGUUCUAACAUUCAUUGUACUUAAUUGGAAAUUCUGUACCUAUUUGGUGCCAUGCAUGCUUCAGUCCGAUAUGAACAAAACAUUACACUGUCGGCAAUCUAUAGAUCUACUUAAAAAUGUACAGAUAAUUAAGUGCAUGAAUUUGUUAAGUGGACACUAUAUUUAAACCUUUUCCGUUUCUUUAAUAUCAAAUUAUUGCUACCUGUCUACCUUAGUACAAUCUGUAGUACUAGUAUGAUAAAUUGCAGUGUGAUUAUAUACGACUAUACAUGGCAUUAAUAUUGGUAGUGCUAAUUCUUGACCAUUCAUAUACUGUGAUAGUGGCUAUGCAUUUGAUUGUGUUAUCGUCAAUCUCUGAUAUGUCUGAAUUCUAUUUAGACUGGUCGCAUCCAGGUGACUAUCAACUGAGCAAGUCUUGUAGCAUAUAGUGCACAGAUGAAAAUCUGAAGAACGUUGAUUUUCAAAAUUAGCUUGUGAUUAUAGAUUGAAGUCUUGAUUUUGUUAUUUUGUUUUGAAAUGGUGGUGAUGCUAUGAAACAGUGGUGAUACUGUUAUGGUUGCAAUGAAUGUUGUUAAUGGGUGGGUCUUGUGAAGCAAUUUUUCUGAUGAAUUGGACACUGCGGUUGUUGGACCAAUAGUGGCAGUGCUCAUGUGCAGGAAGUUUAAAUCUAGGCCGGAAUCAAAAAAAGUGGGACAGGUUUGAUGAUUAUUUAUAUAAUGGUGCUUGACGAUAGUGAAAACGAAAUUGUCGAAAGAUGAUUGCAGAAACGGGUAUUGGACAUUUUUGAAAUACUCAUAUUUCUCUUAAUUUCGUUAGCCUUGUUCAAGUUUCCUGCUGAAGCACUCUCGAAGUUUUUGAUGGAACAUUUGUAUCUGCGUCAGUUCUGCGGGUCAUGCAUCUGACAGAAUGAAAAUCAUUAUGCUGGUGGUGGUCAUGUGCAUUUCUUCUGUUUCCAUAUUGGUAACCCUUGACCCUGCAAGCUCUCUUGAUACCAAUAAAAAUCAAAAUUGGUAUCGAUUUCACUUUAAAUUUCACGAUAAGCUGUACACAUAAAACCAUCAUCUGUGAUUGUUUUGUGAAUCCAAGUUCUUCCUCUUCUGAAACAUGCAGUACAUCCUCUUUAAGGGGACAAGCUGAAAAAUCACUGAACUGUCCAUGGGAAGGGAAUGUACCUAGGCCUACCUGAAAUUCGCAAGCCAUGUCUGAAACCACCUUGAAACAGUACUUGUAGUGAAAAUCAGAAUAUGUACCAUUAGUGUGAUGCAACAAUAACAGGUGGCGGCUCAUGGUAGUUAGCCGGGAAUUAUCCUCCUUAAUCUCAUGCCCGUGUUGUCCCUUUAACAAAAGGAGACCAAGUGUGUGACUCUCUUGGUUUGUUUUGCCAUUUGACACCUCGAGCUCAUUUUGAUGGCAGACCGAUAACAAUGUUUUGGCCACAUGCAACCUUGGUAUACUUAAAUUUUUCCUGGGCUUCAAGGCUUCUUCCAAAUUUCACAAACGAAUUCGAAUUACACAAUUUUGUGAACUAUCUUCCAAGUAUUUCAAAAUACUUCUGCUGCGACAUGUCCAGCAUGGGUAACUUAUUUAUUUAUUUAAAUAUUGUCGAGUAGCACUAGCAGUAAUUUACCUCGCAGAUGUUUUUAUGGCGAUUCUGUUUUUUUGCUCCAAAUAAGUGCGACAUUGUGUUCUUGCUUCUCUUCAUAUUGCAUUUUCAUCAUCUGCUGUCAUGAAAACCACCGCAUGGAAAUCAUUGCUCAGGCAACCUGUCAAUUUUAGGUGUCCAUGUAAUGUCCUUCAGAGAGAAAUCUGAUCCACUUCAUUGCUCUUUUGUCUAUGUUAUACUAUCUUACUAUGUAAUUUAAUUGUUUUCCAAUCAUGAUUUGCAGUAAUCUGUAUGAACUGAUGUUGGAUGCAUAUGUCAGCAAUAAAGUCGCGCAUGCAUAUUGUAAA